CGUCCCAUUAGUGUGGACCAUCUGGCAGGUGUGCUACGAGCCUCAGGCGACAGGACAGGUAAGAAGAGGUGACGUGAUGCCUCAGAAUGGUUUGAGCUAUGAGGGCAGAAGAGGAUGGACGCGUCACAACACCUGUAAAGCCAACGAUCAGGUCCCGGGCACUGGUUUGGUUAAUGGAGCCGUUGCUCACAAUGGCUGGCCAGCUGCUGCCACUAGAACCAGUGAGAGCACACCAGCUGGCACACCGAAUGGUACCAAACCACAAUGCAUGGUUAAUGGUUAUAUUAACCAUGGGUACAAGGGCAAGAGUACGAAAGCAGCGCCCCAAAGGACACGCAGGAAACAUGGGAGCACGAUUUCAGAUGUCACUGAUGCCUCAGCAGCUGGCGGGGUCCGCAGCGCAGGCACUCCAGGUGGUGUCUCGGUGAAUGGGGCCGCCAGUCUAGACACUGUUGCUCCGCCGUGUAAAUCUGAACAAAUGGCACCACGGCACAACCUGUCAGCAGCAGCAAAGAACAAGAGAAGGGAGAAAUUCAGAUGCAAGAAGAGAAACACUGAAGUCGUCUGGCCGGAGUACCCUACACUCCCACUGUUGCCGCCACCAGAGGAGGAAGACUGGGAAAGUGAGAUCCAAGAGGUCAAACUGACUGACUGGGAAAAGAUGUGUUUUGGCGUCAGCCCCUACGGUCCAGAAGAUGUGCUCCAUUUCUCUUUGCGGGAUUUGACGCUUAAGCAAAGGGACACCGUUGACCUGCCGGUGACAGCCAAUUACAGCCCAGCCGUGCACCACCAACGCCGAGUCCGAUGGUCCUGCUACAGCAUUCCCUCCGAGCCAGACCAGUACGCAGACGCUGACGAGUAAGCCAGACGUAUGCUGUUAUGUUAGAGAUUUGGUAGAAAUCAAUGUUCAUGAGUUGUGCUGUGAAUCUAGUUAGCCCCUAUUGGCGUUGUGCAGAUUUGGGGAUUCUGGAUAGUACCCUAUGCUUAGAAUAUUUGUUUAGUCAGCAUCUGUCUUAUUUUCCUCAUCCAAAACAUUAGCGGAAGUUAAAUUAAAUGUAAAACUUACUCUAGGUUAGCAUCUAUGCAAAGCUUCAAAAUCAAAGGGUCAAAUAGAUAGUAGGGUGGAGCCUAGGUUGCUUUCAGGUUGUUUUUUUAUUGUAGGUUUGGUUUUAUAUUUUAUAUUCAGAUUUUAUAUUGCAACAUAUUAAUUUGUUAGUGAUCUUAAAGAAUGAUUUUAGAUAAACUACCAUACUUUGCUGUUGUACCGCUUCAGUGACUGUUGUUAUUGAAAAUGGUCAUGCAUUUACUGUUCUUCUAUUUAAUAUCUUCAUCAUUUUGCUAGUAUAUCAAAAAACUGAAAUAAUGGGUUUUAUGUAAAGGUUUUUUAUGUUUUAAAAUGCCUGAAAUGGGAACACAGUUGUCUUAAUAAGUUGCUCUUUGGAGCUAUCAAUUCUAUUGUUUAUAAAUUGCACGUUCACAUCAAGUACAUGAAGUAUUUAAAUUUGGGGGCAGCCAACCAAACCCAAGAAAUUAUGGUUUGUUAAUGUACCAACAACAAAUUGUUCUCUGCCCCUUUCAGACUUUCAUUUUCAUUUUUCACAACCACAAUAAAUCAAAUUUUCUUCUA